CAAAAAGCUCAGCGCUCGUUCCCCAGUUGAGUUCAGGAGAGGAACCUGUGCGUACGAAUCAGAGGAAUAAUUGGAAUAAAAAUGGCGCUGGCUCAAGGAACAAAGAAAAAAGUUUGCUAUUACUACGAUGGUGAUGUGGGGAACUAUUACUAUGGACAGGGCCAUCCCAUGAAACCCCACAGGAUCCGUAUGACUCACAACCUGCUUCUCAACUACGGACUGUACAGGAAAAUGGAGAUCUAUCGGCCACACAAAGCCAGUGGUGAAGAGAUGACAAAAUACCACAGCGACGACUACAUUAAGUUCCUGAGGUCGAUCCGGCCGGACAACAUGUCAGAGUACAGCAAACAGAUGCAAAGAUUCAAUGUCGGAGAGGACUGCCCAGUGUUUGAUGGCCUGUUUGAGUUUUGUCAGCUGUCAACAGGUGGCUCUGUCGCUGGAGCAGUGAAACUGAACAAGCAGCAGACGGAUAUCGCCAUCAACUGGGCCGGUGGACUCCAUCACGCCAAGAAGUCUGAGGCCUCUGGUUUCUGCUACGUCAAUGACAUUGUCCUGGCCAUCCUUGAGCUGCUCAAGUACCACCAGAGAGUGCUAUACGUCGACAUUGACAUCCAUCAUGGUGAUGGGGUGGAGGAGGCGUUCUACACCACAGACAGAGUCAUGACUGUCUCAUUCCACAAAUAUGGAGAGUACUUCCCUGGCACUGGAGACCUGAGGGACAUUGGCGCAGGAAAGGGCAAAUACUACGCAGUAAACUACCCACUCAGAGAUGGUAUUGAUGACGAGUCCUAUGAAGCCAUCUUCAAACCAAUCAUAGCUAAAGUCAUGGAGAUGUACCAGCCAAGUGCUGUGGUCCUCCAGUGUGGUGCUGAUUCUCUCUCUGGAGACAGACUCGGCUGCUUCAACCUCACCAUCAAAGGCCAUGCCAAAUGUGUCGAGUACGUCAAAAGUUUCAACCUGCCUCUGCUGAUGCUGGGCGGUGGCGGCUACACCAUCCGCAAUGUGGCCCGGUGCUGGACAUAUGAAACGUCUGUCGCCUUGGACAGCUCCAUCCCCAACGAGCUGCCCUACAAUGACUACUUUGAAUACUUUGGGCCCGACUUCAAACUGCACAUCAGCCCGUCCAACAUGACCAACCAGAACACCAACGAAUACCUGGAGAAGAUCAAGCAGCGGCUGUUCGAAAACCUGCGUAUGCUGCCUCACGCCCCUGGUGUACAGAUGCAUGCGAUCCCAGAGGACGCCCCCCAUCCAGACAGCGGAGAAGAGGACGAGGAGGACCCCGACAAACGUGUCUCUAUCCGUGCCCACGACAAGAGGAUAGCCUGCGAGGAGGAAUUCUCCGACUCUGAGGAUGAGGCAGAGGGGCAGGGAGGAGGCCGCAGGAACGCAGCCAACCACAAGAAGGCCAAACGAGUGAAAAAGGAAGAAGAGAAGGAAGGAGAGGAAAAGAAAGAAGUGAAAGAGGAGGAGAAGGAGGAAGAGAAGAUGGACACAUCAGGACCAAAAGAAGAGGUGAAGACCUGAAAUCCAGCACAGGAAGGAAGGAAGUCUUGGUUGUAAUCUUGUCCCCCAACAUCCAUAUUCCUGUACUUUUCUAUUGUCUCCUCCUUUGGCAGUAGGACCUUGUUGUAUUUCCAGUUUUAUCAUGUGUCCCUGUAGGCAAACCUGGUUCACAUUGUACUGUACUUGCAUUUGUUUCAAAGCAAAGCACUAGUUGUGUGGGUGUUCACCAGAAAGUGUGAAACUCCACACACACACACACAUUCACAAAUGUCAUGGAUCUUUUCCAGCCACCGUGUGAACCAGGUCUGCUGUGAUAUGAAGAAAACCAACCCGAGUGUUACUGUUCCCAUCAUGCGGGACCCAUGCUUCAGUCCCCGCAGCUACGUAGAUGAGUUCACUAGUCUACUGCUUACAUCCAAGAAAAAAAAGACUUUGUUAGUUUUUAAACAUCUAUUUAUGGUACUGUUGGAAUAACCAGCGUUUGGCUUACUUUGUUAAUUUGCCCUUGAAUGCAUGUCUAGAAUAUCACCUCCCCUCUCUACAUAAUUAUUUUCCCUUUGCAGUCAAUCCCGGAAUGUUUGUUUUGGUCUGUCUCUUUAACCCAGUUUCCCAUGAAGACUGUUUUUCACUGUUUUGUUUGCUAGCGCGAGAAUGAGUGUGAACCUUUAGAGGGUUGUGAGUGACCGGUUUUAAAUAUUUUGUACCGUUAUUCGUAAAUGUGAAGUGAGCUGGUUAAAAGGCUCUAAACAUGGUUGUUUGGAGUUUUAUCCUUGUGAAAUGUGCAUUAUCAUAACUUUGUUAUAAAAAAUAUAAAGAACCUUA